GCAAGGGGUGCUGCGUGGAGGCGGGCGCCGCAAUGGACGACGCCAGGCGGUGCUGUGCCGGGGUGUGCUGCCGGAAGCUGUGCGAGCGACGAGAAAGUGAUGAGUUGAACAACGGCGCCAUCCCGCCUUCCUGCGUGAAUCCGUGCUGCAAAUGCGAGCGGAACUCUGAGUCAGACCUGGGUUUGUGCGAAACCUGUUGCUCCUGCUGCUGCAUUCUCGCAGGUGGCCUGGGUCAGGAUUGCGGUCGUGGGUGCGAGGUCUUUGCGACGAAUGUGAUCAAACCUGUGUUUCA